AUGCCACACCUAGUAUACGAAAACACCACCACUCUCAUGAACAGGAAGAGCAACACGCCGUUCACUCUCAGCAAACAGUCCAAGCUGCCAGACCUACUGCAGGCCAACGAGGAAUGGGUCCACUCCAUCAACCAAACACACCCGACUCUGUUCCCGGAACACAACGCCCAGGGCCAGGAACCACACACGCUGUUCAUCGGGUGCUCAGACUCUCGCUACAACGAGAACGUCCUUGGCGUAGUCCCCGGUGAGAUAUUCACCUGGAGAUCCAUCGCCAACUUGUGUCUCCCCGACGACUCCACCUUCUUGUCCACUUUGGAGUACGCAAUCAUAUGCUUGAAAGUCAAUAAACUGGUCAUUUGCGGCCACACGGAUUGCGGCGGUAUAAUGACUUGUCUGAGAGGCGGUAGAGAAGCGCUCAAGUCACAACAAAACUGUCAUUCCCUGUAUCAAUAUCUGGGCGACAUUGACCAAUUGUACUCCGAGCACGCAAACGAAAUCGAUCAACUGCCAGAUGAAAGAACAAGGGGCAAAUACUUGUGCAUACAGAACCUCAAGAGACAAUUCAACAGACUGGUACAUAACGAUAUCGUGAGAAACGCCAUCAAGAAGGGCCAAUUGGAAGUCUACGGACUGUUGUACAACGUGGACACGGGACUCCUGGAGACGGUGGACACCUUGCCGCCAGUGACCAGCAUAGAAUGA